UACAUAGUAAUAUAAAAGACAAGAAUUUAUGGUUUAAAAAUAAGAAAAAAAAUGAAUUGGGUUUCUAAAUCCAAUUUUAACGGGCUAUUUGAUCCAAACAAAGCCGAACCUAGCCCUUAGGUCUACAAAUUGGACGCGAUUGGAUCUUUAGUUUGGACUCCAGCCCACUUUCAGAUCCACCAUUCAGCCCCUGCCCGGCGCGUGGUCCUGAUUUUCCCUUCGAAAAUCAGCCUUCUUUUCCCGUUCGGUGGUAACCGAGCAGCUCCACUGGUAUCUCCUAUCAACCGAUUCAGAAGUCCAAACCCUAACUAUUCGAAUCCAUAAACCCUAAUCACCUCUAUAACUAAUUCCACCAAUUUUGAAUUCAGUUCAAAGUCCCCCAAAAUUCAGGAACCCUAGGUUCCAUGGCGUCAAGGAAGAAAGAAUCCGAAGGAAUUGCCUUGCUAUCCAUGUACAACGACGAAGAUGACGAAGAAAUGGAAGGCAUCGAUGAAGACAACCACCAACAAAACCAACAAGAAGAAGAAGAAGAAGAAGAAGAGCAACUGCCGGAAGAUGAAAAAGAGUACAGAGAAUCAAACAACAACAUGGAAGAAGAUUCGAGAACCAAGGCAAAAACCCCGCCUUUUCCUCACCAAACCUCCACUCCUUCGCAACGACGGCCGCAGCCUUCCGUUUCGUCGCCGCAGCAACAUCAGCGAGUGCUUUCUUCCAAGAGAAGUGGCAUAGGAAGGCUGACCAUUGUUGAUUACGGCCACGAUGAAGCUGCCAUUUCCCCGGAACCCGAGGAAGGGGAAUUAGGAAGCAAUGAUGACCUCAUGUUUGGUAUAGAGCAUCGAAUUGCUAAUGGUGAUUUUCAAGGAUUAACUCUUCCAGCAGCUGUUCAGGGAACGCCGCAAUCAUCAGAUAUACAACCAUUACAACCUGAGACUGUGAACAAUGCUGUUAGUGAAUCAGAAGGUGUAGAAGUUGAUGUAUAUGUUUCUGUAGACAAUGUUGAUCCCUUGGAUAAGUUUCUUCCACUGCCACCAAAAGCCAAGUGCUCAGAGGAGUUACAAAGGAAAAUAGAUAAAUUUCUCAAUUUGAAGCGAGCUGGAAAGAGCUUCAAUGCUGAAGUUCGUAAUAGAAAGGAUUAUAGGAACCCUGACUUUUUGCUGCAUGCUGUGAGUUAUCAAGAUAUUGACCCAAUAGGGUCUUGCUUCAGUAAAGAUGUAUUUGAUCCUCAUGGAUAUGACACAAGUGACUACUUUUUUGAAAUAGAGGCUGAUAUGAAACGUGAAAGGGAGAGGAAGGAACAAGAAGGCAAGAAGAGCCAAAGGGUUGAACUUAUAUCCGGCGGAAGUCAAUCUGGAGCAGUUCUUACUGCCCCAAAAGUUGGCAUGCCCAUUGCAGCUGUGGCUGCUGGUGGCUUGCCUUCUGCUUCAACUGCCAUUGAUAACAUUGUGCGGGAUGGUGGACAGAACAAGAAAUCAAAAUGGGAUAAGGUGGAUAAUGAUAGAAGAAAACCUCUUCCUGCUGGGGCUCAGGAUUCUCUAUCUACUGUUGGAGCACAUACAGUUAUUUUAUCAGCUGCUAAUGCCGGAACUGGGUACACAGCUUUCGCCAAAAACGGUGAGAAACAGAAGAGAAAAGAUCCAGUGAAAAGAGGUUGGACAGAAGAUCCUGAGCUGAUCUUAUUUAGUUCUUGGAAGAGUGCUCCAAAAAACUGUUUUGAGGCUAAGCAACAUUCAUUUGCCUUUUUCCACCUUGCUAAUGCCUAGAGUAAAAUUUAUACAAUUUCUUUGUACCUUGUAGAUGAUCACUCACCCAAUUGUAGCUCCAUGUUGAAGCUGUAGUGAUAUAAGUGUUAUUGUAAUGAAUGUUUGGAUCUCUCGCUCUCUCUCGUGUACGGAGCUGAAAGCAAUCCAUUUGCAUUGUUUAAAAACAUGUAUUAACCGAAGGGCUAUAAUGACCUACCUUGUUUUCUACAUGAAAGCAUAUUCUUGCUAUUGUACUGAACUACAUGGCUCUCUGUCUCCUAGAUGAUGUUUUCCAAUUGCCACUAUUUCAUGACCCAGUAAAUCCCUAUCAUACGAAUCGAUUUAUACUUUUUGGCCUUUGAUAACAGUUCAACUUUUUUUUCUCAAUUGUUGAAAUAUGCCUACAACUGUUUUUUGUCACCCCUUAUUGGAUUCAUGGUGUUUUAUGCUUUUAUCUCAGUGAAACAAGCCAAUUAGUACCAUACAUGCGUAUGGUACUGAAAAUUCUCUUUUCUAUGAAUCUAACAUGAUAGUGUGCUACCUCUAGUUCUGGCACAUUGUUUUGGUAGAUUGUUUUGCCAGUCAUAUGACCUUUUGUCUUGAAUCUGGUAUACCUUUUGAGAAUUAAAGCUUUAUCAAAGCUUCUGCAGCUCUGCCUAAUGCCUAUCCAACAAUGCAUUUUCCAUUUUAACACUGUCUUCAACUUCUUAUAAAUGAAAAAAUUCGCCGCCUGUUUUGGAGCUUGGAGUACAUGAACCCGAUAAAAGCGUAAUUUGCAGAUUGAAUAGUAUAGAUAGAUGUCUCAAAAAGAAUAUAGAUGAACCCCAUAAAAGCGUAAUUUGCAGAUUGCAUGGUAUAGAUAAUGUCUCAAAAAGAAAAUAAAAUUGUUGAGAGUGGGAUUUGAACCCACGCCCUUUCGGACCAGAACCUUAAUCUGGCGCCUUAGACCAACUCGGCCAUCUCAACUUUUUUGUUGAUGGCUGACAUUU